AUGGGUCUUGGUACUUAUCAUAGCCACGGGCCUCCCAUCACUCACAGCGCCUGUCGGGGAUGGUUUUGGGAUGUUCGCCCUGAUAAAACUCCACGUCUGCCACAGAACAAUGUUCGUGCACGGUCAGAGACCAUGCGAGAAUUCCCAUGGCACACGGAUUGUAGUUACGAGCAUGCGCCCCCAAGAUACUUUGCGCUCCAAGUCCUCCAGCCAGAUCGCUGCGGUGGGGGCACGCUUUCGGUCAUGAAGAUCGACCAGCUUACUCGCUUCCUGUCUUUACAAGCGCGCGCGGCACUUUUUGAACCCGAGUUCCGAAUCAAAGUCCCUCCUGAAUUUAUCAAACAGAACAACGAGUUGCAUAUUACUGGCAGCAUCCUUGGUAUCAAUGAGGAUGACCUAUCAACAAUCAUGCGAUUCCGGGAGGAUAUCGUGACACCGAUGACCACUCGGGCGACGUUCGCCCUAGAGGAGCUGAAGAGCGCAUUGAAAGAUUUGGAGUUAUCCUCGCAGACAACACUGCAUUUGAAGGCAGCGGCCUUGCCCGAAAGAUCUAUUAAUCUUUUGGAUAACCGGCGUUGGCUCCAUGCACGUAAUGAUGUCAAAGAUCCCUUAAGACACUUGCGCCGUGUUCGAUGGAAUGCAAUCCCUUUCUCUCGAGUUCAGACAUCCGACAAGCUGGUGGAAAUGACAAAAGGCUGA